GGGCGUGUGAAGUCACACGCUGACGCGCACGGGCACCCGUACUAUACGUCACUGUGGCCGACCUACGUGAAUAUGGCGGAGGCUUCCUCACAGCCGCGCUACUUCUGCCACCGCUGCUCGGCCGAGAUUCUCCCCCGCCUGCCGGAAUACACCUGUCCAAGAUGUGACUCUGGUUUUAAGAACUUAAAUGCUGAAAAUGGCUCGAAUUCAACAGCUUCCACAAGUGACCAGACUCGGCAGUUAUUUGAGGGUUUAGACCAGCACUUGCUUUCCUUACCGCAAGGAAGCUAUGGACAGUUUACAUUUGGUAUUUUGGAUGAUCCCUUUGAUCCCUUUUCCUUUGGGACAAAUCAUACCUCAGAAGAAAACAGAGACUCUGAAAGCAGGAGGGAGCGGGAGCACCAGUCACGUCCGCGGUAUAGUUCCAGGCAAUCCCGAGCACCCCGCUUCCCGUCACGGCGGCCUACAACACGGAAUGAAGGAGUGCCAACUCUUGAAGGAAUAAUUCAGCAAUUGGUCAAUGGAAUCAUUGCGCCCACAGCAGUGCCACAUUUAGGAUUGGGUCCAUGGGGUGUCUUGCACUCAAAUCCAAUGGAUUACGCAUGGGGAGCCAAUGGUUUGGACACGAUCAUUACACAGCUGCUGAAUCAAUUUGAAAAUACUGGCCCGCCUCCUGCUGACAAAGAAAAAAUCAAAACUCUUCCCACUGUUCAAAUAACAGAUGAACAUGUAGGUUCUGGUGUAGAAUGCCCCGUGUGUAAAGAAGACUACAGUGUUGGAGAAACAGUUAGGCAACUCCCAUGCAACCAUUUAUUCCACAAUGACUGUAUAAUACCUUGGCUAGAAAUGCAUGACACUUGUCCAGUCUGUCGAAAAAGCUUAAGCGGGCAAAACACAGCAACAAAUCCUCCUGAUUUAUCAAGGAUGAACUUUUCCUCAUCAUCAUCCUCCUCUGCCUCAAGUUCACCAAGUAACGACAAUUCAACAAACAAUUCCUGAACUAUUUUUUAAAGACAGCAUCCAAGGCUACUGUUUUCAUAAUGCAACAGUGUUUGAUGACUACCGUGACACAUUUUAUAAUUUAAAUUAUUGUAUUAUGCAUGGCGCAAAGAAAGCCAGAGUAAAUGGAGAUUCUUAACCAAGAACUCUUUUCUAAAAAUGUCAACUCAAACAUGAAUACCCACUUUUUUCCAUAUUGACUUGUUUUAUAGAUCUAACUUGCGGGACCGAUUUAAAACAUUUCUUAUUGACAAGCUGCUAUGUUUUAUUUUAUUUCAUCUCACUGUGGGUAGACGAACCCCGUGUGCACAUUGCUGUGAUCAUACUGCUGUGAAUUAUUUUAAGCAGUGGAAGAAUUCUGCUGUUCCUUUGCAAACAUAUUUGAAGCUUUAACCAUCGUAAUGCAUUUUAAAGUUAACUCAGCUGUUGGAUAUCUGGGUAUUUUCAUUUCAUUUUAUAGUCCUUGGUUUUGUUUUUCUCAUACUAAAAAGGGAUUAUUUUUUCAAAAGUAUCUUUUUAUUGGAUUGGCCAUUUUAUAGUUGCUGUGGAAAGCUCUGCCGGACACAACACCAUCCCAUUUUUUAUUCAGUAGAAAGUGGGGCAAUGUUUGCUUCAGAUUAAAUCGAAGGGCAUGUGUGUAUGGGGUAUGCAAAUAUAUUUGAAAAUGUAUCUUAAAACAUUGAAGUGAUGAUUACAUAUCUGCUGAAAAUGAUUUUUAAAUCAGUUCUUGCUGUCUUUAAAUCUGAAAAUAUUUAAAUCAUGGAAGAACUAUAAAUGCCUCUAUUGACUUAAUUUGAAGUGGUUUAAGAUGCAGUCCAGCAACAUUUAUUAAUCAGCGCCUGGCCUGUCUAUCAUCUGUCACUUACUGUAUAUGUAGAAAACCAGACUGGCUUACUUUGUAAGCUUGGGUUUCCUGGUAAGAUACAAAAUCUAAAGAUGUGCCCAAUGGUAUGCUUGUCAGUAGGUAACACAUAGUGUACAGGAAUGUGAUACAAGCAAAUACCCAGUAAACUUGGGGCAUUUACUAAGUUUGUUAAUAUUGUAUCGCCAUCAAUUGUAUACAUGUCAGUGAAUAAUCAUUACAUUUUUAAAAACUGCUUUGUCCUUGACUCUUUGCACCUGAGCAGCAUUUUCUUGAAAGGCACCAACCUAAUUGAUCAAUGAUAUGAAACUUCCCACUUUAAUCAUUAAAAUGACAGAACAU